AUGACGCACAACCGCGAAACUCAUCCGAAAGAUUUUCCAUUGGCUGGCCUAGCCAACGACGGCUGGUCCACAGAAGACGAGGCAACGGCGACGUGCUUCUGCGGAGCUGUGCAACUAGCAUUCCUGACACGCACCCAGCCAACCCAAGGCCCCGGUCUGGUCAAAACCUUCGUCUGCAACUGCUCCGACUGCCACAAGAUCACCGCCUCAAUGUUUGCAUCCAACUUCGCGGUACUGGACACGCAUCUUAAGCACCUGCGCGGUCGCGACAACCUCCAAACCUGGGGCCAGUCGCAAACCAUCGCUAGCCGCCACAUGAUGACAAACUAUUUCUGCAAGACGUGCGGGACGCUGAUGUACCGCGUCGGCUCUGCCUUUCCUGGAAUAAGCAUUUGUAGAAUUGGUACAAUUGAUGACUUUAGUUUGAUGGAGACGAAAUUGAGGCCGAGAGAAGAGUACUUUGUGAAUACGCGGGUGAAUUGGUUGCCGGGUGUGGAGGGGACGGAGAAGCGUGACGGGAUGUUGUAA